CAGCCACACAAGGAUUCGAAGGACUCGCACCACCCGUUGCUUUGCUCCGAGAGCUGCAAGGGGACAUCAUGGCGACCUUCGCACGACCGGUGGCUUCCACCAUUGCGGGGAUUGACUUUGGCGUCUACACCGAUGAAGACAUCAAAGCUCUCUCUGUAAAGCGAAUUCAGAACACCCCGGCGCUGGAUUCCUUCAACAAUCCUGUCCCCGGUGGUCUUUACGACCCUGCUCUGGGUGCCUGGGGCGACCAUGUUUGCACAACAUGCCGUCAGUCUUCCUGGUCCUGCACUGGCCACUCCGGUCAUGUAGAACUGCCAGUGCGUGUGUACAAUCCCACCUAUUUCGAACAGAUGUACCGUCUCCUAAAGGCGCAAUGUGUCUACUGCCAUCGCUUCCAAAUGUCUCGCUUCGAAAUCAAUACCUAUGCCUGCAAAUUACGACUACUGCAAUAUGGCUUGGUCGAUGAGGUCGCUGUUAUUGAUACCAUGGCUCAUUCGACGGGCAACAAGAGGAAAGGCGCCAAAGACGGCGAAGGCUCCAGCGAGGAGGACGAGGACGACGACGAUAGAAUGGCCCGCAGAACCUCCUACGUCAAGAAAUGCAUUCGACAAGCGCAAGCAGAUGGAAGAUUGAAGGGUCUUAUGGCGGGUGCGAAGAAUCCGUUGGCUGCGGAACAGCGCCGUUUCCUUGUUAGAGAAUUCAUGAAAGCCAUUGGCACCCCUAGCAAGUGUGCCAGCUGCAGUGGGAUUUCUCCUUCCUACCGGAAAGAUAAAUUCUCGAAGGUUUUCCGCAAGCCUCUGCCCGAGAAGUCCAAACACGCCAUGCUGCAAGCUGGAUUCCAAGCACCCAACUCUUUGAUCCUUCUCCAGCAGGCUCAAAGUCUCAACAGCAAAGCAAAGGAGGCACUGGCUGAUGGAGCAUCCGAGACUGCAUCUCAGGUCCAUGGGGCUGAGGAGGAGGUUGCCCGCGGUAAUGCCGUCGUCGCCGAGCUUGAGAGCAGGAAACAGGCCGCGGGUGAAGGCCAGCAAUACAUGCCCUCGCCUGAGGUCCACGCCGCACUGACUUUGCUCUUCGAGAAGGAAGCGGACAUUCUGACCCUCGUGUAUAACUCUCGACCACUGCCUAAAAAGGAGGCUCGGGUGAGCGCCGACAUGUUCUUCAUCAAGAACAUUCUGGUGCCGCCUAACAAAUAUCGUCCUGUCGCACAGCAAGGAGCUGGUGCUAUCAUGGAAGCUCAGCAGAACACUAUUUUCACGAAUAUCUUGAAGAAUUGCGACAUCAUCAAUCAGAUCAGCAAGGAAAGGCAGAGCAGUAGCUCUAGUGCUGCUAUGCGAGUUCGCGAUUACCGUGAUCUGCUCCACUCAAUGGUACAGCUCCAGGACACUGUGAACGGACUUAUCGACCGCGAUCGAAACGCUUCCGCAGGACCCGCCGCCGCCGCCGGCCCCAACGGUAUCAAGCAGGUUCUCGAGAAGAAGGAGGGUCUCUUCCGAAAGAACAUGAUGGGAAAGCGUGUCAACUUUGCUGCCCGAAGUGUUAUCUCUCCCGAUCCCAACAUCGAAACCAACGAGAUUGGUGUUCCUAUGGUUUUCGCUAAGAAGUUGACUUAUCCUGAGCCCGUGACCAACCACAACUUCUGGGAGAUGAAACAGGCUGUAAUCAACGGUCCCGACAAAUACCCGGGUGCUUCUGCCAUUGAAAACGAGCUGGGCCAAGUCACUAACUUGAGGUUCAAGAGCUUGGAUGAGCGUACGGCGUUGGCUAAUCAACUCCUUGCGCCCUCUAACUGGCGCAUGAAGGGAUCUCGCAACAAGAAAGUCUACCGUCAUCUUACUACCGGUGAUGUUGUAUUGAUGAACCGUCAGCCUACCCUCCACAAGCCAUCUAUCAUGGGUCACAAAGCCCGUGUCCUUCCCAACGAGAGAACAAUUCGCAUGCACUACGCCAACUGUAAUACCUACAAUGCGGAUUUCGAUGGUGACGAGAUGAACAUGCACUUCCCUCAGAACGAACUUGCGAGAUCAGAGGCGAUGAUGCUUGCGGAUGCGGACCACCAAUAUCUUGUCGCAACGUCCGGCAAGCCUCUGCGUGGUUUGAUUCAGGAUCAUAUCUCCAUGAGCACCUGGUUCACGUGCAGAGACAGUUUCUUUGAGGAGGAGGAUUACCACGAGCUCUUGUACAGCUGUUUGAGACCCGAGAAUUCUCACACGAUUACCGACCGCAUUCAAUUGAUUGGCCCAGCAGUCAUCCGACCCAAGCCUCUCUGGACCGGCAAACAAGUCAUCACGACCAUUCUUAAGAACAUCAUGCCUCCCGGGAGAGCCGGUCUUAACCUGAAGAGCAAGUCCUCCACGCCCGGUGACCGCUGGGGUGAGGGUAACGAAGAAGGCACAGUCAUCUUCAAGGACGGCGAGUUGCUUUGCGGCAUUCUCGAUAAGAAGCAGAUCGGUCCUACUGCUGGCGGUCUGGUUGAUGCCAUUCACGAAAUCUAUGGACACACUAUCGCGGGUCGAUUGAUCAGUAUCCUGGGUCGACUUUUGACCAGGUUCUUGAACAUGCGCGCGUUUACUUGUGGCAUUGACGAUCUUCGUUUGACCAAGGAAGGUGAUCGCGUUCGCAGAGAAAAGAUCAGCGAGGCUGCCGCCAUCGGUCGUGAGGUUGCGCUGAAGUAUGUCACUCUUGACGAGGCCACGGGCGGCGAUCAGGAGGCCGAGCUGAAUCGGCGCAUGGAGGAGGUUCUUCGCGACGAUGAGAAGCAGAGUGGUCUUGAUAGUGUCUCCAACGCUCGCACUGCCAAGUUGUCCACUGAAAUCACCAAGGCUUGUCUUCCUGGAGGUCUUGUCAAGCCGUUCCCAUGGAACCAGAUGCAGUCGAUGACGAUUUCUGGAGCCAAGGGUUCUAGCGUCAACGCCAACCUGAUCUCCUGCAACCUUGGACAGCAGGUUUUGGAAGGUCGCCGUGUACCUGUCAUGGUGAGCGGUAAGACGCUGCCCUCUUUCCGCGCGUUUGAUACGAAUCCUAUGGCUGGCGGUUAUGUGUGUGGUCGUUUCUUGACUGGUAUCAAGCCUCAGGAAUAUUACUUCCACGCCAUGGCUGGUCGUGAGGGUCUAAUUGAUACUGCCGUCAAGACUUCUAGAUCCGGUUAUCUGCAGCGUUGUUUGAUCAAGGGAAUGGAAGGCUUGCGGGCGGAGUAUGACACUUCGGUCCGUGAGGCUUCAGAUGGUUCUAUUGUACAGUUCUUGUACGGUGAGGACGGUCUGGAUAUCACGAAGCAGGUCCACCUGAAGAAUUUCGACUUCUUGGCCUCCAAUUACCUUUCCAUCAUGUCGCAGGUUAAUCUGACGAGCGACUUCCACGGCUUGGAGAAGGAAGAUGUCGUCAACUGGCACAAGGAUGCUAUCAAGAAGGUCCGAAAGACAGGCAAGAUCGAUGCUAUGGACCCUGUUCUUUCUCUCUAUCACCCUGGAGGCAAUCUGGGCAGUAUCUCCGAAGCAUUCUCACAAGCACUCAAGAAGUACGAGGAUGCCAACGCGGAUGGAUUGCUCAGAGAUAAGAAGAAGAACAUCGAGGGUGUCAUCACCAAGAAGUCGUUCAACACUCUGAUGAACAUGAAGUACAUGAAGUCUGUCGUUGACCCUGGUGAGGCUGUUGGUAUUGUGGCCGGCCAAUCUAUCGGCGAACCCUCCACUCAGAUGACCCUGAACACUUUCCACUUGGCUGGUCACUCCGCAAAGAACGUCACGCUGGGUAUUCCCCGUCUUCGUGAAAUCGUUAUGACGGCUAGUGCUCACAUCAUGACCCCUACCAUGACCCUGGUUCUGAAUGAAGAGCUCUCCAAGGAACACUCCGAGAGAUUCGCCAAAGCCAUCAGCAAGCUCAGCAUCGCAGAGGUGGUUGACAAGGUUCAGGUCAAGGAGAGAGUUUCCUCCGGCAGCAUGAAGGCCAAAAUCUACGACAUCGAAAUCUCGUUCUUCCCUCCUGAGGAGUACACUGCCGAGUAUGCCAUCACGACGAAGGACGUGCAGAACGCUCUGCAAAACAAGUUCAUCCCUAGACUUGUGAAGCUCACCAAGGCCGAGCUCAAGAAGCGUAACGAAGAGAAGACCCUCAAGAAGUUCUCGACCGCCCAGCCUGAGAUUGGUGUUUCCGUUGGUACGAUCCAGGAUGGCCCUAGCGGCAGGGAUGCCGAGGAAGAGCCGAUGGAUGACGAUGUCGAAGACGAUGAGGAUGAUGCCAAGAGAGCCCGCGGCAACCAGAACCGCAACAACCAGGUCUCCUACGAAGGUCCCGAGGACGAAGAGGCGAACAUGGUGCGCCAGCAGGAUGCCUUGGAUGAGGAUGAGGAUGACGAGGUCGAAACCGCGCGCCAAAAUCGGGACAUCAACAUGGAUGAUGUCUCCGACGAUGAGUCCGACGACCAGGGCAAAGACGCCCAAUUGCGUGAGGAAGACAUCAAGAACAAGUUCGGCGAGGUCACCCAGUUCAAGUUCAACCCCAAGAAGGGUGGGUCUUGCUCCAUCCAAUUGCAGUACGACAUUGAUACCCCCAAGCUUUUGCUGUUGCCCUUGGUCGAAGACGCUGCCCGUACCGCGGUCAUUCAGUCCAUCCCUGGCCUGGGCAACUGCACUUUCGUGGAGGCAGACCCCGUCAAGGGCGAUCCCUCCUAUGUCAUCACGGAAGGUGUCAACUUGUUGGCCAUGCGCGACUACCAGGACAUCAUCAAGCCUCACUCCCUGUACACCAACUCGAUCCACCACAUGCUCACUCUUUACGGUGUUGAGGCCGCUCGUGCCUCGAUUGUCCGCGAGAUGUCCGACGUCUUCGAGGGUCACAGCAUCUCCGUCGACAACCGCCACCUGAACCUGAUCGGUGACGUGAUGACCCAGUCCGGUGGCUUCCGUCCCUUCAACCGUAACGGCCUGGUGAAGGACAGCUCCUCUCCCUUGGCCAAGAUGAGCUUCGAGACGACGGUCGGCUACCUCAAGGAGGCCGUCGUGGAGAGAGACUUCGACAACCUCAAGAGUCCCAGUGCCCGUAUCGUUGUUGGUCGUACCGGCAUCGUGGGUACUGGUGCGUUUGAUGUCCUUGCUCCUGUGGCUUAGACCAAUCUUCUGUGGAUGCAUUUCUUCGCGUUGUAUAUGCUUGCCUGUUUGAUUUCCAUGUAACCCUACGCAUUCUAUCCUCCUGUUUCCCAUUCGUCGUAUCUCUGACGUGUCCAACGAUUUUCUGGAGUUGUCUUUUCAGCGGAAUAAGAAAAGUCCUUCUUAUUAUUUCUCUCAGAAAUAAAUAGCAUUCAAUUAAGAGUAUGAAUCUUUGAUCAGGAAAAGCAUAAGGCCGAAACACAGAUCUUUAAGAUUUUU